AUGGAGUCUCUCAACCAGAACGAACAGCGCGAGCUGCAGACGCGCAUGGAGAAGAAGCAGAUGAAGGAGUUUAUGAACAUGUACUCGAACCUCGUCCAGCAAUGCUUUGACCACUGCGUCAACGGCUUCGAGAGCAAGUCGCUCACUUCGCGCGAAGAGAGCUGCGUGAUGCGAUGUGUCGACAAGCACAUGAAGGGCUCACAGCGACUGGGCGAUCGGUUCCAGGAGCAGAAUGCUGCCAUGGCACAGGGAGGCGGAAUGCCCAGGUAG